AUGUACAUUGUCAACAAGCCAGACACAGAGUUCACUGGACAGGAAACUUAUGUCUGGGAGUUGUACCAGAAACGUUAUUUGGGUUUCUCCCCAAUUGGAAAUUGUUUCCGCAAGCAAUACAAAGAGGAACUUCAAGCAAAAUACUCUUGGAACAACCGUGAAAUCACUUUCUUUCACUUUCGCCUUUCGAAAAAAUCUCAUUUUCGAACCCUCUCCCCCCCUCUCCCCUCCCCCUCCCUCCCUCUCUCUCCUCCCCACUUUAACGUAUAA